CUCCUCCUUUCUGCGGAAGAAGAAGAAGCAGCAGCAGCAGAAGCCAAAACUCGCAGAGAGAGAAAGGGAGGAGACGGGAUCAGCAACCAGCGAUCGGAGAGCAGACGAAAAUGGAGGCGCCGAAGACCAUCGCCCACGAAAUCGGAGGUGUCCGGGCCGACGCCCUGCGGUUCGGCCUCCAAGGCGUCAAGAGCGAGAUCGUCGGAUCUCACCCUCUCGAAUCCGCCUACCAAUCGUUAAAGGAUAAUCAAGAGGAGAUGAAAAGGAGAAUGCUUGCCAACACUUAUGGGUCGGCUUUCCCCCUGAAGAUGGAGCUGGAUAGGCAAAUCCUUUCCCGAUUCCAAAGGCCCCCGGGGCCAAUCCCAUCUUCAAUGCUUGGUUUGGAGGCUCUCAAUGGGAGCUUGGAUGAAUUUGGCUUUGAGGAUUGCUUGAACGACCCUCGUGACUCUGAAUCUUUCCGGCCAUUGGACAUGCAUCAUGGGACGGAAGUCCGCCUCGGUCUUUCCAAAGGUCCAGCCUGCCCCAGUUUCAUGUAAUUUCAGUCUCUGCUAAAUCAAUCGAGAAACUGGAGUCCUGUUCUCUGGAGGAACCUAUGUGGAUUUUUUCAAUUAGAACUGUAUGUGAAAGCUAAAUUAUCAUGCAUUCGAAAUUUGAGAGGAAACAGGAUGUAUGUGUCAGUCGAUGUCUAGUGAUUCCGAAUGAUGUGGUGUACACGGAGUUUGCUUUCUUAGUGCAAGCAUGACUUCCUUAUCACGCCUUAGAGCUGGAAAUAGUUUGGGUUGGGUUUGGAUA